CCAUCCUGAAAGCAUAUCUUACAAGGAAGUAAGAACUUCGCAAUCUCCGUUGCUUACUCUCAUGACGUACCACGACGGCAGUGCGAGCCCCAUUGCCCAGCUACGCAACUAUAAAACGCCCUCCAACACCCAUCCCAGCAGUCACAAUUCAUCCCAUCCACUCAAGCAUUAUCCCAAAUCAGGAGUCUUGAACAGCAGCAAAUCAUGAAAUUGCCAACCGCACUCACCCUAACAACCAUAUUCCACGCAAUGGUGACCACCGCCCAAAACCUCUCCUACGGAGCCGACAACUUCUACCGAAGCAACACCGUCACCCUCCGCCCCAUCACCUUCAAGAACCAAUACCAAAUGACAGUGGCCGGCAACCUCUUCGUCCCCAAGAACCUGACCACCACCAACGCCCCGGCCAUCGUGGUCGGCCACCCCAUGGGCGCCGUGAAAGAGCAAAGCGCCAACCUCUACGCCACCAAGCUCGCCGAACAAGGCUUCGUGACCGUCUCUCUCGACCUGACCUUCUGGGGCGGCAGUUCCGGCGAACCCCGCAACGCCGUAUCCCCCGACCUCUACGCCGAAGCCUUCAGCGCCGCCGUCGACUACCUCGGCACCCAGGACUUCGUUGACCGCGAGCGCAUCGGCGCCGUGGGCAUCUGCGGUAGCGGCGGGUUCGUGAUCAGCGCAGCCAAGAUCGAUCCGCGCAUCAAGGCCAUCGCCACAGCAAGCAUGUACGACAUGGGAGCCGUGAACCGGAACGGACUGAAUCACUCGCAGAGUCUGGCGGAGCGUCAGGCCGUCAUCGCCAACGCGGCAGAGCAACGCUGGGUGGAGCUCCAGAACAGCAGUCUGACGCAGUACACCAGUGGAGCCCCAAACGUACUCACCCCCAAUACCUCGGCAGUCGGUCGCGAGUUCUAUGAUUUCUACCGCACGUCGCGCGGCGAGUUCACUCCUGCUGGCUCUUCCCCGGAGCUUACCACCCAUCCGACUUUGACUAGCAACCUUAAGUUCAUGAACUUCUACCCGUUCAAUGAUAUCGACUCGAUUGCACCCCGGCCGUUGCUGUUUAUUACUGGUGAUCAGGCCCAUUCGAGGGAGUUUAGCGAGGACGCGUAUUCCCGGGCUGUGGAACCAAAGGAGUUGCUUUGGAUUCCGGGGGCUGGUCAUGUUGAUCUGUAUGAUCGCGUGGAUCUUAUUCCGUUUGGAAGGUUGACUCAGUUCUUCCGGACGAACCUUGUUGGAAAUGGGACUGGUGCUGGUGCGGCGUAGGAGAGGGUUGACCGAGUGCAGUUUGUGUUUAUUGGAGGUGUCAGGGUGCUGACGUGUAUGUGAUGAGGUCCCUGUUUUGUUAGAGAAAUGUGUGGGAAGGUGAGAAGAGUGGGUUAUGAGUCGCUGCUGGCUAUUGUCGCUGUAAUUAGAUAUGUGGCUAAGAUAUUGCCAUACGCUAUACAUAAUAGCUUCA